UUAAGAAAUUUUCUCGUGUGCGCUCUCGUGAGCGUCGAACAUUGUCGUUGAUAAAGAAAUAACUUCUCGGUCUUUGUUAUUGAUUUGAGGAAAAUGCGGCGUUGAAAGUUCUAUAUAGAAACAUAAAUGAAUAAAAGGCCACUAUUUCUGGGGAGAGGCCGGGGACGUGGCCGCGGAAACGAGCAAAACAGUACAAAGCCGACUGGACGAAAUGUAGGUACACUUCCUUCCUCUUCAAAAUGGGGAAGUUCAAGUAGCGCUGUGGCCAAUAAUGGAGAGUCUCCCCAAAGAACUGAAGUGUCUAGAGAAAGACAGGAAAAGGCGAAUAAAAUAAAGGAAUCUGCGAAAAAGUAUUUGGAGAAAUUGGACGACGAGUUUGAAGAGUCCUCGGAGGAUGAUGAAAUCAACGACAGUGAAAUAUUGAACAAAACACUCCAGGACUACAGGAACACCUCACAAGGUAUGAAGUUUAAUGAUAUAGAUAUUUUUAAAUUGAACUGUUGUGUUCGUAAAUGUUAGAAGUUGCUGAGAAGGAAAAAGUUUUAAAGCACUGAAAAAUGCACAUAUUUAAUUUAGCACUUCCCCUUCCAUUCCCUACCCCUCCCCCCUCCUUUCUCCUUUUCAUUCCUUGAAACAUAACGGGGUGGCUGAUUGAAUUAGUUAGGCUGGCUUGUCAUCCGGCAGCAUUUGUACUCUCGUUGGAAUUUCUUGCUGAAAGCAUGCGCAAGGACAGGCACCUGUGUGCGAGAAUGAUAAUCAUAUGCAAGAGUUGGCCAGACAUUGAAAUCCAAGAAGCUGUUGGUACUUAUGAGUUUUCCAUGUUGCCAUGAUCAAGGUUUGCAGAUGAUGGAACAUAACUUCACUGCUCAUGUAAGAGUACCCUAUUUGGUAUUUUAGAGAAACUACCUGUGAAUCUAAAUGGAGACAACGACAGUGCUGUCAACCAGAGUACAGAAGUACCAAUGAGAGUUGCCGUGGUAGAUACAAUAUCUGAGGUUCAAUGCCUGGACAAACCUGAAUGGAUCAAAAACUGUUCACAUGCAGUAGCUUCAUUAGCCAUAUUGGUUGCAUUUUCAAGACGUUCAGCAAAAAUAAAGAAAUCUGGUUGAUUUUUGACAAAUACAAUGUGCCAUCUUUUCUUAAAGAAGAUAUGCCAAAAAAGAGGUAAAUAGGCAAGAAUCUGCCAAGGCUCUGAUCAAUGAAGAGACCCCUUUCACACACUAAGACCAAGAUAGUGCUGGUAGACUAUCUAGCACAGAAGACCAUCAAGUUUGCCCAGCCAAAUGGAGGACAGGUAGUUGUAGUUACUGUAGGAGGUCAGAGUGCAUGGGAACAAGGGAAGAUUUUUUAUCUCCAGAGCAACUAAGAGUGGACAGAUUCAGAGAUUAUUUUACAUACCUUACAUACUACAGUCAGAGUUACAACAUUCACUUGACACACAAAUUUUCAUCUUGGCUCUCAGACAUUAUUCAAGUCUUAUCACCAGUACAGGCAGGAACCUUCAAGAAAUUAUUCUUCAGGCAAUUUUUUGUGCGAUAGGCCCUGAAAUGGCAGCCACCCCCCCCCCCCUCUCCCAGCUUAAAGUGGAGCAGACAAGACUGGAAAGCUUUCAUGAAAACUGAAAUCACUAUUGGUCUUCCUGAGCUUGGAGGUGCAGGUGUGAGUCCCAGAGUUGAGAUGAUGGCUUCAAUCAAGAAAUUUGUGUGUCAACUUUAUCUCCCCAAAACAGAAAUGUGAAAAUGUGCAUUAUGAUGAAGACGACAGUGUUGAUAAUGAUAAUGAGAGUGAUGAGGAAGAAGAUGGUGAUGAGGAUGAUUCUGAUGUUUUGAAUGGUUAGGUUUUGCAAAAAGAUACUGCAAGUCCUAAGUUGCUAAAAAAUUUACUUAAGAUUAAAUCUUGAAUGCCUGUGGCUCUCUGGAGUGCAACAACUAGUUUUCUUCUCAGAAAUAUUAUCCUUAAUAAUUAUGUCCACUCACAGUUACUCAAUGUGUGUUUAAGACAUCAACAAGAACAUAGAUUUAUAUCUUUGGUUCUAUUUUGCCUAAAAUUAACAAAGUUAUGAGAUGUUUUAUAUAGUAGCCUCAUUUUCAUGCAGGGUCUUCAGGGGCAUUUGUGAAUAGGUUGCAAGAGGGGAUACAUGACUUUUCUGGAUAUUUAGGGUCCCCUGAAAAUAUCUUGUGCCGUGGCAUGUUUUCAGCAAGAAAUUCCCACAGGAGUACAAACACUACCAGACUACAAGCUAGCCUAACUUAUUCAAUUAGCCACUUUGUUAUGUUUCAAGGAAUGAAAAGAGAAUGAAGGGGGAAGGGGUAGAGAAUGGAAGGGAAGUGCUAAAUUAAAUAUGUCAAUUUUCUAGUGCAGAGGCUUGCUUUCAGCAAGAAAUUCCCAUGGGACUUGAAUUAUGUACAUUUGCCCCUGUUAAACUUAAGUGCAAAUCUUUUUGUCGGGUAAACAUGACAGUUAGGCUCCAAACUUUGGUUAGUUCCUAUGUCCCAAGAUCUUAGCAAACCAGUGAUCCACGAUAGAGUUUUUCUUGGUGAAACUAAUUCAGCUAAGAUAAGGGGAUUAUUUGUGUUCAUUUACAAGGUUUUGUCCCUACUUAUCAGGGAAUAUGCUGUAUUUCUUCCUUGUAGAUAAUGAGGCAGACUUGGGCAAAACUGCCCAGUACUUGAUUGAUUCCUGCAAACCUGGCUCAACUGUGUGUUUAAUAUGCAUUGCCUCCAUCAAACAUGUUGAUGCUGUGAGUAUAAGUUGAAUAUAAUAUAUAUCUUCUAUUAUGUAUUCUUACUGAAUUCUGCUAUUUAACCUUUAAAUUCCCAAGGUUCAAUUUCAUAAUCCUUUCCCAUCCAAAUUAGACAAGAUUAUACAGUGUUCUUUCAAGAUAAAGCUGUUAGGGUUCUCAAAAGCCAGGGAGAGGUGCCUCACUGCUUGAAGUAGAUGGCUGACAAUUCAACAAAUCUCACGUGCAUUGGCAAUGUGGUAUCCCCUGGGAUAAAAAAACGUUUUGGUUCUAUGUCUAUCUUCAACGUGAACACAAAUCCUAGACUAGUGCUGUCAAAUUCUGUCCCAUUCACUUUUGAAUUUCCUUGAAUAACACACUUUCGUUUAUGGUUAAAUAGACUGCUACUGAUGCUCUCACAAGUAAAGAAAAAUAGAAUUGGCCUUUGCAAUUGGUUCUAGACAAGGCAAGAGGACUUAAAGGAAUUUUGAAUCUUCCUAAAAAAUUGGUUCAUUUCUCUGAGCAAUAAAUUUUAAAUAUUCCAGCUUUGGAUGGCUUGCUGAAAUAUCUUUUCUCCUUAGAUAAAGCUGCCAAAUUAAUGUUUGAAGAGACUCCCUCCUAAAUGAGCUGGGGUUGUUUCUCUAGCCUUGCCUUAUGUUUACUAUAAUGUUUCCUACAAAAUCAGCGGCAGUCGGUGCAUUACGUGUUUUUUGGAUGUAAACAGUCUCAUUUAAAUUAUUGGAAUCAGGCUGUCCCGCUUGCGUCUAAACCGCCUUUUAUCUAUAGCCGGUAUAAAAGUUAUACCUAUAGAGCAAAGUAUAAACCAUAGUUGUACCUAUAGUGUAAGAACAAAUGGAAUAUUUUAAAUGUAGUAUUUGAAUGGUGAAUUGUAGAAUUUCUUCUUAGAAGAAUUGACGCAAAUGAAUUUUUUACCUAGAUCGAAGCAAAAUUGAGAAUUUUUUAAUUAAGAAAGUCUUCAUCGUUUAAAGCGUCCUUGGGCAUCUCAUUCUGCAAAAAUGAACGUCGUUUUCUAAUUACCUUAAAACAUAUACUUUUUAGUCUUUAAGAAGUUAUUAAUGCAUAGUUAUUGAAAGAAAGCAACAACCAUUCAUAAAUUUCUGCGAAAUCCGAAGUUAGGGCCUGAUUCCUCGGUUCGUGCUCCUUUCUUAAGGACAACACUUGUCAAUAAGCUAAGAUCUCGGCUACUUUUGGUGCGGUACUUGAAUGUACAUAUUUGUGCCCUGGAGAAGAUCCUGCAAGGCUGUCUAAAUAUUCUUGAAUCAGCGUGAGAUACAUAAAGGCUUAAAACUUAUUUGUUUAAGGAAGUAAGAUAUAUAUUGAGAGCCAAAAUGUUCCCUUCGGAGACCUCAUUUAGUUUAAAUGCUUUUUUGCAUUUAAGACACUUUGCUUCCUGCAAAUUUCCAGUGAAAUCCUUGACCGGUGAAUCCACUUGGCAUCUGGGACAUCUCACGGUGUAAUCAUCUCGCUGAAGACUCGGCAAAGUUUCUAUUAGCCAUUUGGCACGCUUGGAUUCAAGUUCCUUGAAAGAGGUCUGUUCUUCUCCGUUCAGACCUUCAAUAUCCCAGUAAACAUCAUAAAACUUAAAUCCAAGAACAUCUGCGUUCUGCACUUUAAUGAAGCCGUUGUCUGCCCAGUCGGAUCCCCUGGAAUCCAACAGUCGCAAAUAUUCGCUGUUGAAACUGGUUAAUACUACUGAGUGGCCAGACCUUUGGGGAUUUGAUGGACGGGCUGUUAUAUCGAUCUCUUUCUUUGUCAAAAUACCUUUGCCGUUAGUUAUGAAGAACUCUUUAAACCUAUCCCACUCUUUGCGGGUAAGCUUAAAUGUCGCAAUCACUGGUCGGCUUGAAGCGACUGCUUCCAUGGCACCUUUGACGCCAACUUGCUCGUAACGCAAGAGGUACUUCUUGCACAUUUCAUCCAGUACUUUUGUGAUACUGUAGGCAUCUUCCUUAAACUUGCCGAUCAUUUCAUCUUUUAAAUCUUUGAAAGUUGGAAUGGGCUGUUGUUGGAAGUGGCCACCAUAAAUUCGCUUCAUAGUCAAAUGAAGCACUGUAGCAGAUGCAUGUGCAUAGCAGGUGUGUCCUUCUUGCUCUGCUUGUGCUUCAUAAUCUCUUACUGACUUGUUUAUGUACACAUCGAGGUCGACGUCUGCAAGCAAAUUGGACAACACCUCCUGAUAACAGACGACGUUUCGAGCGAGGCUGCAAGCGUCUCCUAAGUGGUCAGGAUGAUUGACCUGCAGGAACAAACGUGUUUCAUUGUUUUCAAAAUCAAUGGACCAUUUACGGUUAACAAACAUGGUGCGUGGUAUCGACUGCGUGGUUAAUAUUGAGCUCAGUGAGAACAGGAACUGUGCACCCUCAUGCCAGUCAGGUUUCAUCUCACUGUACAGUCGUCUGGGCUCAAUCGUUGUGGAGUCAGUGACAAAGCAGCCCACUACGUUCACCUCGGCAUCCGUCAAUUUUGAGACGGCUUCGUUUCUUUUCACUAAAUCAUCAAUAGCUCCGUCUCCAGGCUCUCCGUCUGAAAGAACAAAUAGGACCUUUUUAUGACAUGAAACCUCAUUGGUUCUCAUAAGUACUGUGGCCCUUUCGAUUGACUCAUACAAAGGCGUUCCACCAUAGAUGUAGGGCUCGAUUCUUCGUAAUAAUUCUCGACUCCUUUCCUUUGAGAGUUCUUCCUUAUCGAAACAUCCAUGUAAAAUAUUUGAGGCUUUGCGCACAUCGAAAAUGGAAUCUUCUCCUACACUUUUCUUCAUCAAAUGUGGUGCAGCCUUGUCAAUUACAUCUUUGACGUCUUCUGUUGUAGCCCUUUUAAACGUCGUCACGGCAGAAGUAGCCACUGUUUCCACGAGGCCUAGAAGUGGAUUAUCCUCUGUAUGCCAAUCGCGGCAAGCUGGUGGUAGAAACUCAAUGACGAAUUUACGUGCAAAUGACUGAUCAGACUUGCAUUUUCUUAGUAACAAAUCAGCUGUGUAAUCCGGUACUACUUUUCUGGCGACUUCCACGUCUGCCCAUUUGCGGAUGUAACGGGCACCGGCCUUCUCCAGUAUUUGAAAAAUUUCGUUUAAGUGGCUGGGUGUGACGGGCUCGUCAUUUCUUUCGAAAGCUUCGUUAUGAAGGUGAAUGCGUUGAAGGGUUCCUAGGAUGUCGAAUAUUUUCUCACCUUCUUUAGCCCCGAAGCCAACAGCAAAAACGUGGUUGUCAGUGGAAACAUCGUAUUUAAUAAGGUUGUCAAUGACCUCAAAGAUCGAACGAGCCCACGGUUCUCCAUCUUCAUCAAUACCACUUCCAAUGCUACGCUCCAUGGAUCCGGAGACAUCAAGUAGGAUUCCAAUUAAUGCGGGCAUGUUUCCUUUGUCUGCAAUUAUAAUUAUAAGAAACUGCUUGACAUACUGGUUUACAAAAAUACCAGUGAACUAAACUUUCGCAUUGAUUACACUAUCACGUGAUUAUUGACCAACCCCGCGGAGAUUUAGUAUGAGAUUACUUAGAAUCGAACUUGGAAAUAUUUUUUUUCUUUAAUUGUAACUAUAUAAGCGACUUAACGAAUUCUGGCGCACUGUCUUUUUCACAAACUGUUUAUCAGGAUCUGUGUCUGCUUAGUAUUCUAUUAUAGGGGACAGUAGAUCAAUAUUUUUCUUUUUUCCACGUUAAUAAUAGUCAUUGUACAAAACCAUAGUCUGUGCAGAACCAUGCGGACCAUGCGGACGUCAUGCUAGUUCGUCCUGGUUUUCAAUUAGCUGGGUUCAUAGAAUGUAUGAUUUGAAACACCUGAUCGCCUUUUUUUCCGGGAAUAUAAUUAAAUUGCAAAUGGAAAAAAUCCUCGGAAGGCCCAGCGGGCAUAUGUUACGAAUGGCCAUUACUUUAACUGCGGAAAGAUAAAAUUCACACAAAGCAUAAAUCAAACUUCAUGAAAAGGAAGCAAUAGCAGUUCUUGUAAGACCGAUAGCACCUCGAGGUUUUCUAUACUAGCCUUUUGUCGCUAAAAAUCAAUCCCCUGCGUUUCAAAGCGGAUGUUUUUCUCAGCACUGGAGGUCGGGUUGCUGAGGAAAUGUAAUCAUUUGGCGAGUCACUAGCUAUGUCUGCAUGAAUUUAUGUUUUAGCCUGUAUUACUACUAUCAGCUCCCUUCCAAAGACUUGGGAAGUGGAUUGAAUCCUUUUUUCAUCGGGUCGUGUUAAAGAUGUCGUGCCGAAGAUUCUCAAAGUACGCUAUUGCCAAAAUUUGUAUGUAUUUACACUCUAUAAUUUCCUUUUCUGAUGCCUUUUGGCCUAGAAAUCUGAGUUGUGCGGUUCAAGAACCGCUCGUCAGACAAGAGCACGUUAGAAGUUAGGAUUCUUUCGCUUUUGAGGUCUACAUUUGAAUUUGACUUCUAUCAAUAUAGAAGCGCACUAAAGCGUAUUCGAUUUCCCUAAAUACUCCGUAUCUCGACUAGAACGCGACAUAUAAUGGACUUCGACCAGUUUCGCUGCUUUUCGGCCGAGUGAUGUAGUCAAAGUGGUCACACUGUAAUCUUGUCAAUCUAACCGAAGAAAGCGGUCCGUAUGGAUUAACAGUGGUCGAUGUGUUGUUUUGGAACAUGUUUUAUUCGUAGAAGGCACGAAACGUGCGUAUGUCCAUUUCUAGGGAAAUUAUUGCAAAUUUGGUGGAUGCUUAGCAAGAGAUUCAUAAUUUCUACUUUUGUUUGAUUUCUUUGCUACUUAUCGAAGAUUUCGACUGGAAGAACUUGUUUUUAUGAUCCUUUUUGCUUUAGCAAGCUGUUUGAUGUUUUUCUGAUAACCUUUUGUCGGACUCUGUCAUGUUUGAAGGUAAAUAUACUUCUGCUUUCGCUUUCAGGGUAAGGUUAACUUAGGCGGAAGUAGACCAAAGCGUGUUUGAUUUCCCUCGAUUUUCUGCUGUAGUUUUCGCCAAGAACAUAAAUUUAGCUUUAUGGAAGCAAGCGGUAGCAGUUCUUGUGAGACCGAUAACACCUUGAGAUUUUCGAGUUUUCUCGACGACUUCUACAAAGCGAAUGUUUCGUAGAAUAAAUGGAACUAUUCCAUUACACGCCACAUUUCACACAAAACAAACCAACUCAAAUUUCGGUUUUAUAUGUUAAAACACGUAGCCAAUAACCCCAUAUCCUUUCAGGGUAAUUGUAUUUGUUUGAAGGAAGAAAUUAGUAGUCAGAGUAGUAUAACAGUCAAUAAAGGGGGUAAGUUACUGAAGAAAGCUCUUCGUCUGAGCGAAUAACAAUUAAUGGCUUACCUUAGAGUUUUGAAAGAUUACAGAGAGGUAGACUGUAUAUGAAAACAAACAAUGACAGCGUGGAUUGGUCGUUAGAGGGCUGCAGGAGACAGAAGAAGCACUCAAACACUUUCAAUUUGAAUACUCGUUCCAAGUUAUCUAAUGUUCUGUAAGUUCCUAUGACUGAUAAAGAAACUCAAGCCAACUGCUUGUAACAUGACAACAAUGGGCUUGUCAGAUAUACUUCAUUCAACCGUAUUGGAGUGCGCCCGCACAGUUCUCUUAUUAGCAUAUUUUCCAGUCUUAAGAAUGUUCGAGAUGACUUUUCUGGUUUUAAUACUGUUAUUUUUUUCGCGCUGGUGAGGAUCUGUAGGAAUCGAAGUAAGACAAGAAAUAAAAAUAAUUGUGAGGAACUCUUUACGGGAGUUAAACUCGUACUUGUAUGAAACUUGCCAAGAAAAUAGCGUUCAUAGUCUUUUACAUAACAACAAGAAAAACGGAACAGUUGGCGUCAGGGGGACGGACCUAAAGCUAAUUAUUUCUGAUGUGUUAACUAAAUUGAAUUUAUUUUCUAGGAAUGACGCAGCCCUCAGGGCUUCAACGAUGUGAUUCGCGCCAUGGGAUCCAAAAAAUAAGUUUCAGCUUAAUUUGGAAACCUAUCUUUCCAAUUACGUUCAGUUAGAUAUCUUUUAGUUUUAGUAGUAGGUUAAAGAAAAUCUUAAAGAAAAACCAGGCCAACAACAUUUGUGCUCGAAUAAGCGAUUUGCUAAUUUUGCUUCUCCUAGUAGCUAAUAAUGUCAGCGAAGGUUCGCCUUGGGAUAUUUGACACCAAUGUUCUCUUAAAAAGAAAACAAAAUCAUGCGGUAACUAUGGUGACGAAUAUCAAACAGAGACGAUGAAAAGGCAAUUAACUUGUCAUUCCGGUAUAGAUUGACAUUCUAGGAAUCUGGCUCAGUUAACUGCUUUUGAAAUUUCGCUAAAUUCUUAAGAAUUAUAUUUCGAGUAGCUUUAGUACCUAAUACUCAACUCUCGUAAACUUAAGUCGGUACAUUACGUGUUUAUUGAAAAGUUAACAGUCUCAUUUAAAUUAUUGGAAUCGGGCUGUCCCGCUCACGUCUAAACCGGCCUUUCCGUUAUCUAAAACCGGUAUAAAAGUUAUACCUACAUGUGUAUAGUAUAUUCCAUAGUUAUACCUACAGUGUAAGAACAAAUGAAAAGUUUUAAUGUAAUAUUUGAAUGGUGAAUUGUAGAAUUUUUCACACAAGAAUUGACGUAAUCAUUGCGCAAAAAUUUCAAAGAUAGAAAUUUUCACCUAGAUUGAAACUAAAUUGAGCAUGGUUUUCAUUACAAGAUGUCCUCAUCAUUUGGUAAAGCGUCCUUGGGUAUCUCAUUCUGCAAAAACUAACCUCUUUUUCUAAUUACCCUUAAUCAUAUGCUUUUUAGCCUAUAUUGAUAUUUGUAGUUUUCAAGAACUAUUCAUAAAUUUCUGCGAAAUCUGAAGUUAAGACCUGAUUCCUCGGUUCGUGCUAAAACUUCUUUCUUUAGGACACCCCUCGUCAAUCAGCUAAGAUGUCGGCUACUUUUGAUUCGUUACUUGAAUAUACCUAUUUGUGCCAUGGAGGAGAUCCUCUCCUCGUGCUAAGAUGUCUAAAUACUCUUGAAUUAGCGUGAGAUACAUAAGGACUUAAAAGUUAUUUGCUUAAGGAAAUAAGAUAUAUAUUGAGAGCCAAAAUGUUCCCUUUGGGGACAUCUUUUAGUUCAAAUGCCUUUUUGCAUUUAGGACACUUUGCUUGCAGCAAAUUUCCAGUGAAAUCCUUGACAGGUGAAUCCACUCGGCAUAUGGGACAUUUCACAGUGUAAUCAUCUCGCUGAAGACUCGGCAAAGUUUCCAUUAGCCAUUUGGCACGCUUGGAUCCAAGUUCCUUGAAAGAGGUCUUUUCUUUUUCGUUCAGAUCUUCAAUUUCCCAGUAGACAUCAUAAAACUGAAAUCCAAGAACAUCUGCGUUCUGCACUUUAAUGAAGCCGUUGUCCGCCCAGUCGGAUCCCCUGGAAUCCAACAGUCUCAAAUAUUCGCUGUUGAAACUGGUUAAUACUACUGCGUGGCCAAACCUUUUGGGAUUUGAUGGACGGGCUGUUAUAUCGAUCUCUUUCUUUGUCAAAAUACCUUUGCCGUUAGUUAUGAAGAACUCUUUAAACCUAUCCCACUCUUUGCGGGUAAGCUUAAAUGUUGCAAUCACUGGUCGGCUUGAAGCGACUGCUUCCAUGGCACCUUUGACGUCAACUGGCUUGUAACGCAAGUGGUAAUUCUUGCACAUUUCAUCCAGUGCUUUUGUGAUACUGUAGGCUUCUUUCCCAAACUUGCCGAUCAUUUCAUCUUUUAAUUCUUUGAAAGUUGGAAUGGGCUGUUGAAAGAAGUACCAUCGAGUACCGUAGUGGCCACCAUAAAUUCGCUUCAUAGUCAAAUGAAGCACUGUAGCUGAUGCAUGUGCAUAGCAGGUGUGUCCUUCUUGCUUUUCUUCUGACAUCUCGAGCCAGGUCGCAAGCGUCUCGCAGGUGGUCGGGAUGAUUGACCUGCAGGAACAAACGUGUUUCAUUGUUUUUUACCUCAAUGGACCAAUCACGUUUAACAAACAUGGUGCGUGGUAUCGACUGCGUGGUUAAUAUUGAGCUCAGUGAGAACAGGAACUGUGGACCCUUUUGCCAGUCAGGUUUCAUCUCACUGUACUGUCGUCUGGGCUAUGGUGUUCAUUACAAGAUGUCUUCAUCCUUUGGUAAAGCGUCCUUGGGAAUCUCAUUCCGCUAAAACUAACCUCUUUUUCUAAUUACCCUUAAUCAUAUGCUUUUUAGCCUAUAUUGAUAUUUGUAGUUUUCAAGAGCUAUUCAUAAAUUUCUGCGAAAUCUGAAGUUAAGACCUGAUUCCUCGGUUUGUGCUAAAACUUCUUUCUUUAGGACACCUCUCGUUAAUCAGCUAAGAUGUCGGCUACUUUUUAUUCGUUACUUGAAUGUACCUAUUUGUGCUAUGGAGGAGAUCCUCUCCUCGUGCUAGGCUGUCUAAAUAUUCUUGAAUCAGCGUGAGAUGCAUAAAGGCUGCAAACUUAUGUGCCUAAGGAAGUGAGAUAUAUAUUGAGAGCCAAAAUGUUCCCUUCGGAGACAUCCUUUAGUACAAAUGCUUUUUUGCAUUUAGGACACUUUGCUUGCAGCAAAUUUCCAGUGAAAUCCUUGAUCGGUGAAUCCACUCGGCAUCUGGGACAUUUCACGGUGUGAUCAUCUCGCUGAAGACUCGGCAAAGUUUCCAUUAGCCAUUUGGCACGCUUGGAUCCAAGUUGCUUGAAGGAGGUCUUUUCUUUUUCGUUCAGAUCUUCAAUUUCCCAGUAGACAUCAUAGAACUUAAAUCCAAGAACAUCUGCGUUCUGCACUUUAAUGAAGCCGCUGUCUGCCCAGUCAGAUCCCCUGGAAUCCAACAGUCGCAAAUAUUCGCUGUUGAAACUGGUUAAUACUACUGCGUGGCCAAACCUUUUGGGAUUUGAUGGACGGGCUGUUAUAUCGAUCUCCUUCUUUGUCAAAAUACCUUUGCCGUUAGUUAUAAAGAACUCUUUAAACCUAUCCCACUCUUUGCGGGUAAGCUUAAAUGUUGCAACCACAGGUCGGCUUGAAGCGACUGCUUCCAUGGCACCCUUGAGGUCAACUGACUUGUAACGCAAAUGGUACUUCCUGCACAUUUUUUUCAGUGCUGUUGUGAUACUGGUGGCUUCUUUUCCAAAAUGGCCGAUCAUUUCAUCUUUCAAUUCGUCAAAAGUUGGGAUUUUGCCUCGGCGACCAUGAAUUCGCUUCAUGGUCAAAUGAAGCACUGUAGCAGAUGCAUGUGCAUAGCAGGUGUGUCCUUCUUGCUUUUCUUGUGCUUCAUAAUCUCUUACUGACUGGUUUAUGUAGACAUCGAGGUCGACGUCAGCAAGCAAAUCGGAUAACGCUUCCUGAGAACAGACGACGUUUCGAGCGAGGUCACAAGCGUCUCGCAAGUGGUCAGGAUGAUUGACCUGCAUGAACAAACGUGUUUCAUUGUUUUCAAAGUCAAUGGACCAAUCACGUUUAACAAACAUGGUGCGCGGUAUCGACUGCGUGGUUAUUGUUGAGCUCAGUGAGAACAGGAACUUUGAACCUGAGUCCCAGUUUGUGUUCAUCUUACUGAACAUUUGUCUGGGCUGAAUCGUUUUGGAUUGAGUGACAAAGCAGCCUACUACGGUCACACCUGCGUUCUCUAAUCUUGUGGCCACUUUCUUUAUUGCCGCCGAAUCGUUCUCUCCUCCAUCCGUGGGAUCACCGUCUGAUAAGACAAACAACAGCUUUUUGUGACUUUGAAACGUAGACGCGUGUUUUUCAAAACACUUAGUCGCCGUACGGAUUGCUUGAUACAAGGGAGUCGCGCCGUAGAUGUAGGGUUCUACUUUCUCUAAUAAUUCUCGGCUCCUUUUUUUAGUGAGUUCUCUUUCAUCAUUGAUGUGACCAUGUAAUAUAUCUGAAGCUUUUUUAACAUUGAAGAUGAGAGGUCUGAACUUGAGCAACAACGGUCGGGCCUUUCUCAGUGUUUCUUGGAUGUCUUCUUCUGUAGCUUCUCGUACAGCCGACCCCACACUUGCGUACACAUGUUCGGCCACUGUUAAAAGGGGGCUAAAAAGCUUUGCUUCUGAGGUUUCUCUAGGAUAGUCUCGGCAUUGUAGUGGUAGACACUUUUGGACAAAUUCUCUAGGAAAAUCUUUUUCAAAAUCAGCUAUUUCCAGAACUAAGCAAGCCUUUUGAUGUGUUAACACUUGUUGGACGACUUCCCUCCUUGCCCAUUUGCGGAUAUAUUUUGCACCGGCUCCCUCCAGUAUUCGGAAAAUCUUCUCUACCUGAUCAUCUGUGGCUUUCUGAUCAAAUUUGGAAGACAGAAGACACGUCAAGAUAUCUAAUAGUUGGUCGCCACCUUCAGCUCCAAAGGCCAAAGCAAAUACAGAGUUAUCAGGAGAGACGUCGUGUUUGAUCAGGUUAUCGAUAACUUUAAAUAUCGAACGAGCCCACGGUCCUCCAUCUUCAUCAAUACCGCUUCCCACGUUACGACGCAUGGAAUCGGAGACGUCAAGAAGGAUUCCAAUCAAUGCUUUGGCCAUGCUUCCUCGGUCUAAAUUUAUAAAAGAAUCGGAUUUGUAAUGAAAUGUAAUAGAGCGUGAUAAAUGAACUAGAAUACCAAGGUCCUGCCUUAUCAUACUUAUACUUUAUUCGUUCUUAAUUUCGCGGGCCUUUAAUUUCUCGUUUUUCGCGAUUGUAAAAGAAAUAAAGAUCCUCUCGAAAUUUAACACGAAAACUUUAAUCCACUAUAGAAAUUUCAAAUCACAGGAAAAAAGGAUUAAAAUGUAAUAAUAUUAUCAUAAACGGAAUGUGUAUCGACAGAUACACAAAUUAUGAACUGGUCUAAUCGGUAAGUUUUAUUUUGAAUCUUCUCCUCUGAAAUAACGUUGAUUUGCAAAGAUUUCACUCAUGGAGUUGGGAAUCUAGAAUGAAUCACCAGAUUUGUACAAACUCCUUAGAUAGUCUUUCGUGCAGUCGUCAAAAGUUCAGCAUUUUUUUAAAAUUAAAAUGAAGUGCGAAAGAAAUGAAUCGCGAAAUUUAAUGCUCUCUUUUCAUAUUUACUCAUUAAAAUCGCGAAAAUAAAACCUCGGAAAUACUGUCUCGCCAAAAUCGCGAAAUUAAGCGCCAGUAAGAUACUCGUUUCUAUUGACCAGAUUCUGCACGGUGCACCUACCACUGGGAAGCGAAACCAGGGGGAAAGGGGAAACCGAAAACACCCUCCCCAUUUUUCCGCUGCCAUUGAAAUCUAAGAUGGCGGCCAUAAUUUUCGUUAAGAAAAAACUGAGCUCUCGCUCGCCAUAAUUACGCCUGCUCUGUAGGCUGACGAUCAUACGACCUUGAAAACAAUAGGAUAAGUUCAGACCAAUCAGCGGGGAACCCCCUACUUUGUUUCCGAGAAUUUAGUCUCACAAUAAUAGUUCCUCUUUUUCUGAGAAUUCUCACUAUGGAAAGCGAGCAAAAUUUUCCCUUUAUCAACAUAUCAGUAUCCACCAAGUGGACGAGAUAUGUUACGAUAUGAUUCCAUAAAAUUAUGAAAAAUGUAGUAAUAAAAAAUUUUUUCCACCACAUGGUACGUAGUAUAGAGUUGGUUUACUUUCGAGACAAGUUUUUACAAAACUGGUCUCGCGCCUCUAACUCUCAUAGUACUCGAAACCGUGGGACCAAGGAGAACCGAAGACACUUUAAUUAUACGUUAUCCUGCACAACACAAUCGUAAGCAGUACGGUAACGAUCUUGCCAAUUGUUGGCAUUUUGCUAGCGGUGGGUCGAGUGUAAGGUUUGCUGUUUAUAUUGAUGUAGCCCACAGUUAGCGCUGAUCCAGGAUUAAUUGAUUUUGUCGAGCACGCUUUUGUUUCUUUUUGUAUGAAGAAUGGACGUUGAUGGAUAUUGGUUUUACAAACUACGACCAGUUUCGCUGCUUUUCGGCCGAGUAAUGUAGUGAAAGUGGUCACACUGUUUUCUUACUGUCAAUCUAACCGAAGAAAGCGGUCCGUAUGGAAUGUAUGGAUGAACAGUGGUCCAUGCGUUGCUUUGGAAUAUGUUUUAUUCGUAGAAGGCACCAAACGCUCGGCCUCCCAUUUCUGGGAAAAUUAUUGAAUUGCAAAUUCAGUGGAUGCUUGGCAAGAGAUUUAUAAUAUCUACUUUCUUUUAUUUCUUUGCUACCUAUCAAAGAUUUCGCUUGGAUGAACUUGUUUUUCUGAUCCUAUUGGCUUGAGCAAGCUGUUUAAUGUUUUCUGAUAACUUUGGUCAAACUCUGACAUGUUGGAGGGUAAAUAUACUUCUGCUUUCGCUUUCAUUGUUGAGUUAGCUCAGGCGGAAGGAGCGUAUUUGAUUCCCUCGAUUGCCUGCUAUAGGUUUCGCCAAGAACAUCAAUUUAGCUUCAUGAAAAGCAAGAGAUAGCAGUUCUUGUGAGACCGAUAGCACCUCGAGAUUUUCGAGAGUUUUCUCGUUGACUUUUACUUCUACAACACGAGUUUUACUUAGAAUAGAUGAUACUGUUCCGUUUCACGCCAUAUUUCGAGCAAUUUCGAAUUUAGUCAGAGCAUACCAACUCAAAUUUCGGUUUUACAUGUGAAAAAAACGUAGCCAAUAACCCCAUAUCCUUUCGGAGUACUUGUAUUUGUUUCAAGUAGGAAAUUAAUAGUCAGAGUAGUAUAACAAUCAAUAAAGGCGGUAAGUUACUGAAGAAAGCCCUUCGUCAGAGCGAAUGACAAUCAAUAACUUACCUUAGAGUUUUAGAGGAUCACAGAGAGGUUGACUGUACAUUGAAACAAACAAUGACAGCGUGGAUUGGUCGUUAGAGGGCUGCAGGAGACAGAAGAAGCACUCAAACACUUUCAAUUUGAAUACUCGUUCCAAGUUAUCUAACGUUCUGCAAGUUCCUAUGACUGAUAAAGAAACUCAAGCCAACUGCUUGUAACAUGACAACAAUCAGCUUUUCAAAUAUACGUCAUUCAUCCGUAUUGGAGUGCACCUGCGCAGGUCUUAUUAGCAUUAUUAUUUUAUUUUUCAAUCUUAUGCUUGUUCGAGAUGGCUUUUCUGGUUUUUAUACUGCUAUUUUUUUCGCGCCGGUGAGGAUCUGUAGAAAUCGAAGUAAGACAAGAGAUAAAAAAAAUUGUAAGGAACUCUUUAGGGGAGUUAAACUCAUACUUAUAUAAAACUUGCCAAGAAAAUAGCGUUCAUAAACUUUUACAUAACAACAACAAAAACGGAACGGUUGGCGCUAGAGGCACGGACCUAAAGCACUGUCCUUUGUAUAAAUUAUUUCUGAUGUGUUAACUAAAUUGAAUUUAUUUUCUAGGAAUGACGCAGCCCUCAGGGCUUCAACGGUGUGAUUCGCGCCAUAGGGUCCAAAACAUAAAUUUCAGCUUUAAUUUGGAAACCUAUCUUUCCAAUUACGUUCAGUUAGAUAUCUUUUAGUUUUAGUAGUAGGUUAAAGAAAAUCUUAAAGAAAAACCAGGCCAACAACAUUUGUGCUCGAAUAAGCGAUGUGCUAAUUUUUCUUCUCCUAGUAGCUAAUAAUGUCAGCGAAGGUUCGCCUUGGGAUAUUUGACACCAAUGUUCUCUUAGCAAGAAAACAAAAUCAUGCGGUAACUAUGGUGACGAAAAUAUGGAACAUAGACGAUGAAAAGGCAAUUAACUUGUCAUUCCGGUAUAGAUUGACAUUCUAGGAAUCUGGCUCAGCCAACUGCUUCCGAAAUUUCGCUAAAUUCUUAAGAAUUAUAUUUCGAGUAGCUUUAGUACUUAAUACUCAACUCUCGUUAACUUAAGUCGGCACAUUACGUGUAUAUUGAAAAGUUAACAGUCUCAUUUAAAUUAUUGGAAUCAGGUUGUCCCGCUCACGUCUAAACCGGCCUUUCCGUUAUCUAAAGCCGGUAUAAAAGUUAUACCUACAGUGUAUAGUAUGUUCCAUAGUUGUACCUACAGUGUAAGAACAAAUGGAAAGUUUUAAUGUAAUAUUUGAAUGGUGAAUUGUAGAAUUUUUCUGACAAGAAUUGACGUAAUCAUUGCGCAAAAAUUUCAAAGAUUGAAAUUUUUAUCCAGAUUGAAACUAGAUUGAGCAUGGUGUUCAUUACAAGAUGUCUUCAUCCUUUGAUAAAGCGUCCUUGGGCAUCUCAUUCCGCAAAAACUAACCUCUUUUUCUAAUUACCCUUAAUCAUAUGCUUUUUAGCCUAUAUUGAUAUUUGUAGUUUUCAAGAGCUAUUCAUAAAUUUCUGCGAAAUCUGAAGUUUUGACCUGAUUCCUCGGUUCGUGCUAAAACUUCUUUCUUUAGGACACCUCUCGUCAAUCAGCUAAGAUGUCGGCUACUUUUUAUUCGUUACUUGAAUGUACCUAUUUGUGUUAUGGAGGAGAUCCUCUCCUCUUGCUAGGCUGUCUAAAUACUCUUGAAUUAGCGUGAGAUAUAUAAGGACUUAAAAGUUAUUUACUUAAGGAAGUAAGAUAUACAUUCAGAGCCAAAAUGUUCCCUUUGGGGACAUCUUUUAGUUGAAAUGCUUUUUUGCAUUUAGGACACUUUGCUUGCAACAAAUUUCCAGUGAAAUCCUUGACAGGUGAAUCCACUCGGCAUAUGGGACAUUUCACGGUGUAAUCAUCUCGCUGAAGACUCGGCAAAGUUUCCAUUAGCCAUUUGGCACGCUUGGAUCCAUGUUGCUUGAAAGAGGUCUUUUCUUUUUCGUUCAGAUCUUCAAUUUCCCAGUAGACAUCAUAGAACUUAAAUCCAAGAACAUCUGCGUUCUGCCCUUUAAUGAAGCCGCUGCCUGCUAGUCAGAUCCCCUGGAAUCCAACAGUCGCAAAUAUUCGCUGUUGAAACUGGUUAAUACUACUGCGUGGCCAAACCUUUUGGGAUUUGAUGGACGGGCUGUUAUAUCGAUCUCUUUCUUUGUCAAAAUACCUUUGCCGUUAGUUAUGAAGAACUCUUUAAACCUAUCCCACUCUUUGCGGGUAAGCUUAAAUGUUGCAAUCACUGGUCGGCUUGAAGCGACUGCUUCCAUGGCACCCUUGAGGUCAACUGGCUUGUAACGCAAAUGGUACUUCUUGCACAUUUUUUUCAGUGCUGUUGUGAUAAUGAAGGCUUCUUUUCCAAACUUGCCGAUCAUUUCAUCUUUUAAUUCAACGAAAGUUGGAACAUCGUUCUCGGGACCAUGAAUUCGCUUCAUAGUCAAAUGAAGCAUUGUAGCAGAUGCAUGUGCAUAGCAGGUGUGUCCUUCUUGCUCUGCUUGUGCUUCAUAAUCUCUUACUGACUGGUUUAUGUACACAUCAAGGUCGACGUCUGCAAGCAAGUCGGAUAACGCUUCCUGAGAGCAGACGACGUUUCGGGCGAGGUCGCAAGCGUCUCGCAGGUGGUCAGGAUGAUUGACCUGCAGGAACAAACGUGUUUCAUUGUUUUUUACCUCAAUGGACCAAUCACGUUUUACAAACAUGGUGCGUGGUAUCGACUGCGUGGUUGUUAUUGAGCUCAGUGAGAACAGGAACUUUGCACCUUGGUCCCAGUCUGUCUUCAUCUCACUGUACAGUUGUCUGGGCUGAAUCAUUGUGGAUUUAGUGACAAAGCAGCCAACUACGGUCACACCUGCGUUCUCUAAUCUUGUGGCCGCUUUCUUUAUUCUCGCCGAAUCAUUAUCUUCUCCAUCUGUGGGAUCUCCGUCUGAUAAGACAAACAGCAGCUUUUUGUGACUUCGGAACGUAGACGCGUUUUUUUCAAAACACUUAGUCGCCGUACGGAUUGCUUGAUACAAGGGAGUCGAGCCGUAGAUGUAGGGCUCUACUCUCUGUAAUAAUUCUCGGCUCCUUUCUUUCGAGAGUUCUCCUUCAUCGAUGUAUCCAUGUAAUACAUCUGAAGCUUCUUUAACAUUGAAGAUGCGAGGUUUGAAACUGACCAACAACGGUUGGGCCUUUGUCAGUGCUCCUUGGAUGUCUUCCUCUGUAGCUUCUCGUGUGGAUGACCACACACUUGCACACGCUUGUUCGGCUCCGGUUAAAAGCUGUACCUCAAAGGCUCCUCCAGGAAAAUCUCGGCAUUCUGGUGGUAGACACAUUUGGACAAAUGUUUUUGGAAAAUCUUCGUCCGACUCAGCUUUUUCCAGAAAUAAGCAAGCCUUAUGACGUGUAAAUACUCCUUGGACGACCUCCCUCCUUGCCCAUUUGCGGAUGUAUUUUGCACCGGCUCCUUCCAGUAUUCGGUAAAUCUUCUCUAUCUGAUCAUCUGUGGCUUUCUGAUCACAUUUGGAAGACUGAAGACACGUCAAGAUAUCUAAUAAUUGGUCGCCGCCUCUAGCUCCAAAGGCCAAAGCAAAUACAGAGUUAUCAGGAGAGACGUCAUGUUUGAUCAGGUUGUGAAUAACUUCAAAUAUCGAAAGAGCCCACGGUCCUCCAUCUUCAUCAACGCCGCUUCCCACGUUAUCGCGCAUGGAAUCGGAGACGUCGAGAAGGAUUCCAAUCAAUGCUUUGGCCAUGCUUCCUCGGUCUAAAUUUGUCAAAGAAUCAGAUUUUUAAGAAAAAGUGAAAUAUAAAAGAGCGUGAUAAAUGAACAAGAAUAACAAGUGCCUGGACGACCUCCUCCUUGCCCAUUUGCGGAUGUAUUUUGCACCGGCUCCUCCAGUAUUCGGUAAAUCUUCUCUAUCUGAUCAUCUGUGGCUUUCUGAUCACAUUUGGAAGACUGAAGACACGUCAAGAUAUCUAAUAAUUGGUCGCCGCCUCUAGCUCCAAAGGCCAAAGCAAAUACAGAGUUAUCAGGAGAGACGUCAUGUUUUAUCAGGUUGUCAAUAACUUGCAGGAACAAAACGUGUUUCCUUAUCAUAUCAGAUUUUUAAGAAAAAGUGAAAUAUAAAAGAGCGUGAUAAAUGAACAAGAAUAACAAGUGCCUGCCUUAUCAUACUUAUACCUUAUUCGUUCUUGAUUUCGUGGGUCUUUAAUUUCUCUUUUUUGCAAUUGUAAAAGAAAUGCGAAAUUUAAGACCCAUGAAUAAAGAUCCUCUCGAAAUUUAACACGAAAAGUUUAAUCCAUUUUAUAAAAUUCAAAUCACAGGAAAAGAUGAUCAACAUGUAAUAAUAUCAACAUAUACGAAAUAUGUAUCGACAGAUAUACAAAUUAUGAACUGGUCUAACUGAUAAGUUCUAUUUUGUAUCUUCUGUUCUGAAAUAACAUAAUUAAAAUCAAAGAUGGCGGCCAUAAUUUUCGCUAAGAAAAUACUGAGUUGGCUUGGUUUCGAGACAAGUUUUCACAAAACUGGUCUCGCGGCGCGAACUCCUAUACUACUCGAAACCAUGGGGAAAGGAGGAACCGAAAACACUUAAACUAUACUUCAUCCUGUGCAACACAAUCUAAAGCAGUACGGUAACGAUCUUACCAACUGUCCGCAUUUUGCCAGCGGUGGGUAGAACGGAAGGUUUGCUAUUCAUAUUGAUGCAGCCCAUAGUGAAAAAAUUGCUGGUUGAUCGAAAGACAAUACGCGCUGAUCUAAGAUUAAUCGAUUUUGUCGAUUACGAUUUUCUUUGCUUUUGUAUGAAUAAUAGACGUUGUUGGACAUUGGUUUACAAACUACGACCAGUUUCGCUGCUUUUCGGCCGAGUAAUGUAGUCAAAAUGGUCACACUGUUUUCUUCUUGUCAAACUAACCGAAGAAAGCGGUCCGUAUGGAUUCGUAUGGAUUUGCUUGAGCAAGCUGUUUAAUGUUUUUCUGAAAACCCCGGUGUGGUCAGACUCUGGCAUGUCCACAGGUAAUGGAGAUCGGGUAGCUUAAGAAAUGUAAUUAUUUAACGAGUCACUGUGUUUGCGUGAAUUUAUAUUUUAGCCCAUAUUACCAGUAUAGAGGCUGGCAUUGGGAUUUUCGGUUUUGCGGUUUUGGCUAUUUUUUCGUUCGUUUUGGUGUGCAUUGCGGUUUGCGGAUUUUCCGUUGUUUAGCAUAUGGUUUUCGGUUUUCGCGAAAACUGGUAACUGGUUUUCGGACCACGCUCGAGGUCCUCGAGAGAGCAGCUGAAAUAAAGCCCAUACGAAUGCCAAGUCCAUGGCAUUCAUAAAUACUGUAACGAAAUUAGUGUAGUUAUCGAUCGAUCAGGGUCUUAACAACUGGGACAUGAAAAUGUGGCGGUUUUGACAGUUUUACAUGCGGUUUUCGGUUUUGAUCGAAUUUUUUUUCGGUUUUUUGGUUUUUGGUGAUUUUUUUCUACGAUUUUGGGUCAGACAAGAGCACGUUAGAAGUUGAGAUUCUUUUGCUUUUAGGGUCUACAUUUGAAUUUAACUCCCAUCAAUACGGAAGUGCACCGAAACGUUUUCGAUCUUCCCUAAGCACUCUAUCUCAGCUGGAAUGCGACAUGUAGUAUUUACAGAGAUCGAGGGCGAUUUUUGUUUCAAGUAGGAUAUUAUUAGAUUGCGUAAAAGCUAAAAACAUACCUAUACGUUGGUAGAGAUCGUUACAGAAUCGUUACUUUCCUGCGUGGCGUUAAAGGACUGUUCGAGACGGAGGAAGCACUCAAACACUAUCGUGUGCUACCAGGACUAAAAAAUAAACUAACGCCAACUCUUUGCUCACAAUCGAUCUGUCAGAUUCAUUGACCAAUCAUCUGUCAUCUAACACGUGUCAAGGAGAAUAUGCUUACGCAGGUAUCUUAUUAGCAUAUUUUCCAAUGCGAUCUUUCUUCUCUGAUCUUUUUACAGUCCUAUUCAGGAUCUGUUCUUACCAAAACAAGAUGAGGAGUUAGAAGUUUCUCUUGAUAUAACGUUCAUGAAGGAGGUAGCAUCCGAAGACUGUUGUAUGACAGCGAGACAAGCUGAAUAGUUGGAAAUGAAGAGACGGAUUUAAUGUACUGCCUUGCCUGAAAUUGUUUUAGUGUUUAUUUAGAUGAUCUUUGGGAAAGUAGUUCACGGGGCCCGAACACGUAGAGAGACUGGGUCGAGUGCGCAAUGAGCGUGGGUUUUUCGGUCAAUAAAAUUCACGAUGACGGACAAGAUAGAGGAAAGACUUAUAGGGAAGCAUUUGACUCUAUUGGCCUCGUCUCCCUCUUGCAUAUACUGGAAUAUACCUUAAAUGAAUUUUUCAUUUAUAUGUCAACUAAUUUGUAUUUUAACUCAUUUGUGAUAUUUUAUUAAAGAAUGUCCAAGAUAAAUAUUUAAGGGGUCAGUUCGAGCAUACGCAAUUGGUGCAUUUUAAACGAGAAGCUCGUAACUUCAAAAAAUGGGUAACGAAAAUAACUGGGAAAAAUCGUAAUUGUUUUCUAACAAGGCGAGGUUUUUAUACUCCUAAAAACUGUAAAGAUUAAAUAAAGAAAACCUAAACACAUCCCCUGAUCUAUAAAUUUAUGCAGGUCUCAAUACCAUAUUUUCUGUCGUUAUGUUUACAAGUCGCCAGAAUCUUGAAUCAUCUUGAAUAAAAGAGCAUUAUUCAAAACGAUCUAAAGCCAAUUUUUUCCAUGGAAAGUACAAUAGAAGAAAUGUUGCUGAUAACAGUCAGUUAUGAGCUGCUCCCCAAAACUCCUUCGUUGCUUAAUCAUGUACAGUUCAACUGGAAAAAAUGGGCAAAUGAGAGGUUCUUUUUAUGGGCAAAAACGGGAUGUUUGUUUUUUAAUCCUUCAGAAAUACUUUAGAACUUCCUCCUUUGAUAGAUUUUUUUUUUUAAAUUUAAGGUAUGGAGCUGCAGCCGGUGUUACUCAACUCUUCAUCUGCAGUGCAUUCAAAAGUGGGCCAGGGAUGGAGCUGCUUAUACUCAAUUAACCUCAGAUGAUACUCUAAAUCCUGCUGAGUUGCCGUGGUAUUGGUAUGUAUAAUGGAUUUGCUUACAAUAAUGGCCUGAAAUAUGAGUUGGGUCCAUUUUGUUACUCUUACUUUUGUUCUAGUUUAUUUUUCUUUUAUUGUAAUUUAAUAACCAGCUGUUUUUUUGUUCCAAUAAUUCAGCCCGAAAUGCAGGUGUGAAUUCAAGCAGUCUGAAUGUCCCACAAAAUAUUAUUGCUUUUGUGAAAAACAGGUAUGGUAGCUAAUUAAAUCAGGAAAUUUUUUAAUUCGACAAGAGUCUUUUUGUGAGGUUGAGUUCUGUAUUUCCUCCAUUCAGUGCCACACUUGCAUGAAUGCUGCCCUCUGUUAGACGGGGAGGAUAGAGGCAAACUUGCUAUUCAGUGUGGCUCCUUUAAAUAAGUUCUAUUUUCAAUUAAAGGAAUGUUUCAUUUAUAGGUAGAUUAUAAUGGGGAGAAAAAAAAUAAUAAGACUGUACAGCUACAAUUCAAGCAUCACCUUAAAUAUUUAUAUCAAAAUAGUGAGAAUCGGAACACAAAUAACACAUUAAUUACUGUCUAGGGCAUAUGUGUGGUUAUUAUAAUUAUUUACCAUUUAAUUUUAAAUUUAAAUUUAAUUUUAUGUCAAUGAUUUGAGAAAAAUUAUGAAACAUUGAAUACUAACUUAAGAUGAAUAUUGCCCUUGAAUAAUGCUGCAGAGGCAUAGCUGAAAGUCUGAUAGAUGGCCUGCAGCAUUUUGUAGAAUCCAUGUGGUGCAGAGUAGCAUUAUUUUUAGAGUAAAGUCGCAUAAUUAUAGGUAAGGGGAUGGUAUAAUUUCAGGUCAACCCAUCUUUUGACCCCUGGUUGACACCACACUCUUGUGGCCAAUCUUGUAGCAGACCUCUCAAGCCUGAGUGUGGACAUGAAUGCCUUCUUCUUUGUCAUCCAGGUACAGUACAGAUCAGUUAAUCAUUUUACCUAAAAUAGUGUAUAAGUUAGAGGAUUGACAAAGAAUGUUCUUUACUUUCAUUUUGCAAGAUUAUCUUUUGAAAAAUUAUAUAUCAGUAUGAUAAUAGAGCCCUAUAUGCAGUGGUAUUCUUUAUUAUCUGUAGCGGAAUGAAUCAUCAGGCUUAUUUCUAUAUAGCCAUUGAGCCCAUCCCUUCAGUGGAAUUUAAUGGUCAAUUCAAUAAAGGCAAUGGUGAAGCAUCAGCUUUAAGCAGAUUUUUAUGGAAAAAUAAAUGAGAAUUUAGUGUUAUGUCAAUUAUGAUACCCUCCAGCUGAUAAGUUUGUCAUUUCUCCUCAUGUGCUCUUUGUAUAAUGCAUUGAAGUUGUGUCAAGAAGUUAGAAAUUGGUCGCUUCACUCAAAGUGCUGUUCCGUGUUGCAUAUACAGGUCCGUGUCCUCCGUGUCCGAAGACUGUGUUUGCAUCCUGUCACUGUGGAUCUCAGGCACCAGUGGUCAGGCGCUGCAGCGGCAAAUCUUGGUCGUGUGGAAAGCCUUGUGGAAAGUUACUUUCUUGUGGCCAGCACAGCUGUGAGUCCCCAUGCCAUGCUGGUAAGGAAACAGUGUGUUAGCCAAGUACAUAGCAUGUUCUCUUCUUUAUUCCGUAAAUUUGGAACUGUAAAGUUGUGGAAUUGAUUUCAAUUGACUAAAUCUGUUGUAACUUGCUAUUACAAGAUUUUCCUCCUCACAUCGUAGGUGACUGUCUACCAUGCCCUAAAGAGAGUGUGCAGAGCUGUCUGUGUGGUAAAAUGACAAAUAAAAGACCUUGUGCUAGUCCAGAUUGGCAAUGUGAACAGGUGAUGUUUUGUCUCACUGAUAAUUAGGUUAAAAGUGAAAAAGCUCAAGAAUGAAUCUUAUUUGAAUAUUGCUAUUAUUAACAAUUUGCUACAAUUAGUUUUUCAGCUUACUUUAGCAGUUGUACCUUUUUGUGACUGCUGCAAUCUUUCAGGUUUGUAACAGAGUGUUGUCCUGUGGCCAUCAUAGAUGUGAAAGACUGUGCCAUGCAGAUAAGUGUGGUGAAUGCCCAAGAACAGGAGAAAGAAAAUGUCCCUGUGGACAAACUUGUAAGUAUUUUGCUUUUGUCAAUUUUGUUUAUUUUAUUUUGUGUGAUUCUCCUUCAAAGUUAAAUAAGGCAUUAACAUGCUGAAGCUCUCUGUUGUCUCUUUCAGCUCUUUUGCUACCCUGCACAGAAGAUGUUCCAACCUGUGGUGGCACUUGUGACAAGCCAUUGGUUUGUGGCAGACAUAAAUGUGCUCAGCAGUGUCAUACAGGGUCCUGUGGGGUUUGUCGACGGUUAGUUACGAAAACUUGCCGUUGUGACAAGCGUGAGAAAAGUGUUUUGUGUUCCCAAGAGUUUCUGUGUGACAUUAAGUGUCUGAAGAUGAGGCAGUGUGAACGACAUCCAUGUAAACGAAAGGUGGGGUGUUAAACUGACUUUAUAAGCAACAAAAAAUGUUUCUGCAGCCUGAUGGCUAAAUUGUAUGCUCCUAAUCAAAACUGUAACAAAAUUCUCAAACGUGAUUACUUAUCACCAGCCCGAUUUGAGCACAAAUAGGACAGGGUAUGCUUGAUUGGUUAUCACCAGCCCGAUAUGGGCACUAAUAGGGCAGUGUAUGCAUCAUGCUUGUAAUUGGACAGAGUAAUGGGACAGUUAAAGGGGCAGUUAACACGUCAUGCCCGUAUAAGUGGACUGAACGCAUCUUGUGCGUGCACUGUUGACUCGCAUUUUUCAGAGCUAACUGUUUUUCUAACGCAAACAUGUAACAAAUGUCUAGUUUCUCUCUCAAAUUUUGUCAUAGUUUUAAUAAAUUGGUAAAAGGACUUUGUGUAGUCCAAUUCUGUCUGUAAUCAUACUUAAAAUACCAUCAUUAAUUAAUUGAUGCUACUUAUUCAUUUAUGUCUAUGAUUUGUUUGCAGUGUUGUGAUGGAGGUUGCCCUCCAUGUGAACAAACUUGUAAUCGAAAUCUGAACUGCAGGAACCACAAAUGCCCAUCACAAUGUCACAGAGGUAUUGCGCAUUGUAUCAAAUUGAUGUUUGUAUGUCUUUGUUGCAGUGGUUGACCUAACACUUUGGUCAGCUUUAUAAGAUUUAUUGGACAGUUAUUUAUUUCUUUAUUCCUAUAUUCCCUCAUAUGUAGGACCAUGUUACCCAUGUCCCCUCCAGGUAGAUGUGAAGUGUUUCUGUGGUUCUACAGUUCUUACAGUACCCUGUGGACGUGAAAAAGUUACCAAGCCACCUAAAUGUGCUGAAUUUUGCAGGUUAGGAUGCGGCUCUUAAUAUGUGUUCUUUCUGAUAACUUCUUUCUGAGGUUUUUGUUUCAUCAAUGCUUGUCCAUUAAUAAAAAUAUGAAAAUCCAAGCUAAAUGGAACCCCUCAUGUAUUUGCAUGUUUUGAUGGUUAUUACCAGGAUCAGAGGACCACCUACUUUUGUCAACAUAUAUAAUAGUCAAUUACAUUGCCUGUUGUUGUGUGACCUUGGGAAAGUGUGCCUUAAUUCCCAUAUGUUUCUAGUCACCAGAGAUAUAUCUUCAAAUUGCUACGAUUUCUGUCCUCUCUUUGAAUUGUGAUUUAACAUUGGGAUGAAAUGUUUCUUACUAUAUUGUAACAGAAACAUUGUCUCUUACAGCCAUCCUCCAGAUUGUCAUCACCCAAAACGCAAAGUAAGUUUUAGAAACCUACUUAUCUAUGAAAACAGUUGUAAAACAUUUUUGUAUUAGUGGUAGUUGCUCUAUGUCUUUAUGUCUGUUGUUAUGGCAACAGGAAGUACAAAGUGAAUGUACUGUUCUGUCACCGAUUUGAUCAGAAUUUGAUUUUAAACUGCAACAUGUACUUUAGAUCGAGAAUGAUGUUGUGAUUAAAUGGGUUUGUUAAGUUGUCUUUUUAUGUUUUUCCUUCAGCGUCAUCACUGUCAUUAUGGCUCCUGCCCUCCUUGCCACCAGCGCUGUGAUCUGCCACUUCCUUGUGGGCACCCUUGUCCUGUCAGCUGCCAUGACAACAAACGUGACCAAUCAAAACUCUUAAAGGUUUUGUAUGUUAGUUAUAAAUGUCAUACUCAUGAUAAGACGAUUGAUUUCAAUGAAAUGAUAAUACCCAUAUGCCCUCUAGUGGUGUUGUCCUCAACUGUAGAUGUUUUACAGUUGUCAUUUUGUUUCUAGUCGUUUUCAAAUGGAUUCCCGGCUGUAUCUAAAUCAAAUUCAGAGAGUACUAAGAAGGAUCCAGUACCUUGUCCUCCAUGUGUUGUUCCAGUUGAGAUGUAAGUAGUGAAGAGCUCUGCCUACAUAGGAAUCUUUUCAAUUUCCCCGUUACCUCUUUCAUUCUUCCCUCCUGCCUCUGUGCAACUCUGAUUUCUUCUGUGUGGCUUAAAGCAAAUGAAAGGACUGCUGUGUAGGCUAGUCAAGUGAUAAUUUGCAAUUUUAUCAAUGUUUUUCCCUGUCAUUAUGACUUAAUCAACCUGAGUUUAUAUUUAUUGUUGUUGCCAUUUUUAGGAGCUGCCUUGGCAAGCAUGAGGUGUGUUUUCUAACCUUUCCAUUUUGAUGUUAAUGUAUCCUUAAAAUUCACUCGUUAGGCAACUUCUGAACUGUACAGCUUGUAUUUUUACAGCCUCCACCUAAUUGUCCUUGUCAAGUUUGUUUUCUUUAACUUGUAUUAAACUUCUUAAAAGUUUCUGUAUCAAUUUUUUUCUAGUGAGUUAACCUGUGUUCAUUUUUCCCGCCCAGAUCAGCUCUCUUGCUUGUUCUUCUGCAAAGCCAUUUUCAUGUGCUCGACCUUGUGGCCGUCAGCUUCAUUGUGGAAACCACACUUGCCAACUGGAAUGUCAUGUUGUCACUGGUGUAGUUGAUAAUCAACAGGUAAACUUGUACUCAGAUAAUUACAACAACGUGUCUUUCUUGGUUCAAGCUGGUCAUGGUUUCAUGGGAACAGAAACUGUGUAGUGAUGACACAGAAAUCUAACUGAGUGACUGUUCUUACAAAAAAUUAUGGUUUUGAAAAAUUACUCUUUUGGUUUUGGUAUUGAUUUAGGCAGGUAAAGAAUGCCAAGAUUGUGAGGAAGCUUGCGAGAAACCUCGGCCAGAGGGAUGCACACAUCUUUGCCUUCUACCAUGUCACAUUGGUGAGCAAAUGAUCAAUGAAAGUUUUUCUUGUAUAAAAAAAUUUCAACUAUAUCAUGAUUGUUAUUACUUAUGUCAAGAGUUCUUCAGGAUGAUCUUAUUAAAAUGAAGGUUCUUUUGCAAAAAUUCACAAUACUGUCUAUUCUGGCUUAGUGCAACAUGUAAUUGUUUUUUCUCAAUCACAGGAGAUUGUCCAAAAUGUAAGCAGAUGGUGAAGCUUCCUUGUCAUUGUGGCUUAAUGCUGGUUUAUGUGUCAUGUAGGUAAGAUACUGCAUGUGACAUUAUAAAGUUCAUCAUGUUAUUAAUCUUUAAUAUGUGGUAUGUAUUUUUGAAGAAGGAGUUCAAAAACAUUCUCCUUCUGGUGCUUUUUGUCUCCUAGUGAAUUAACCUCAGUGGAUGAACAAACUCGCAAUGAACUAAUGUCCUGUAAGAAUCAGUGUCCAAAGAAUCUAGUAGUCUGUGGUCACCGGUGUUCAUCCAACUGUCAUUACGGCCCCUGCCCAUCCUCUGAGCUGUGCAAUAGGAAGUCUUCUGUGAGGUGUCCUUGUCGCCGUAAAAAGAAGGUAAGUCUUCUGUAUGGUCCAAUGCAGAGUAAGUGGAUAAUAAAAGUAAUGUGGCACUGUACUGGUAUUGCUUUGCUUCACUCUUGUGCUAUUGCAAUAAGUCAGGUUCUAAAUGUAAACCAAUGGUCAUAACUUGGUCAUUCUUCUGUUAUGUUUUAAGGCGUUUUCUGCUUACGAGUUCUCAUUGGCUCCAUUGUUUUGGAUGAUUGAUUUUGUUAAACAACGGUGAAUCAAAAUAAACUUAAGUGUGCUUUGAGACUGUUUAGCUUGACAAGCCAUGAUUAAACUGUGGUGUUUCUUUUCUGUAUCAAGGAUUUUCCCUGCCGCAUGGUGCAGAAAGGUGAAGCUAAGUUACUUUGUGAUGAAGAGUGUGAAACAUUUAAAGCUAAACAAAAGAAAUUGUUGAGUGAAGAAGAUGAGAUGAGGAAAAAAGGAGAACUUAAAGCACAACAGGUAACUUGAACUCAACUUUCAUCAUUCAGAACCCUUCAAACAAGCAAUGUGAACUCUCUUUUCUACCCACAAUCUUUCACUUUGCGCAGAGAAAUCAUUUUAAAUACUAGUUCUUAGAACCGAUGAUUCUUGAUACAGUAGCCUAAGUACAGUUAGCCUAAGGAUUACUAUAAGGUAGAUAAAGGUGUAGUCUGCACUCGAGCAAAGUGGUCCAUCCAGCCAGAUCUUAUCCAGGUUUCAAUAGCAUGAAGUAACUAGGAUGGAAGGAGGAGUACUACUCCCUCCCUGAAUGGGAUGCCAGUCCAUUUAAAGUAACCCCCCCCCAACCCUAACCCAAACCCCCCUUCCCCCCUUACCUGACAAUUCGUCAGUACCCAUUUCUACUCCUGAGUGGAGAGAGGCACUGUUUCCCAAGAACACAACACAAUGACCUAACUGGGUUUGGAACUCUGAUUUCUUGACCUGGUAAACAAUGCACUUACCAUUACACACUGUGUCUGCUACAAUAACUAUAAUUUGCCAUCUUGUUAUUAACCUAGGAGGAGCUGGAGUGGUUUGAGAGGAAACAGCGAGGGAAGAAACGGCGUCCAAGGAAGCAAAAAGAAGAAAUAAUUGAGCCAUCGUGGUUCCAGCGUCACUGGUUCACUAUUGUCAUGUUUCUGGGGGCAGUAGUCUUGAUGGCUGGACUCCUUCUUAUUGCCGUGGACUAAUUAAAUUUAACGGGUACAUUUGGAUGGUGUGCUAUAUCACAAGCCUGAGAUUUUAUUUAAGAUAAAAAAUAAUAAUUCAAGUAAACUAUUCUUUCUUGGAACAAUUUUUGAACACUUUAUUACAAAGAGUACAUGAUAUUAUUUUUAAUAUCAAAUAAACAGUGUACUAUAUAAAGUAUUUACAAAGAUAAUGUAUUUACAUUUGUUCAAUUUGAGGUAUUUCUCGGAAAGAAUAAAUUGAUUUUAAAGAGAAACUUUACAGACUUGCAUGAUUGCGUUUAUUUUGACCUUACUUUAGACUCGCAAAAUCAGAUCUACUUAGUCCUCUGGCAUUAUCAAAAACCUACCCACUUAAUAUACAUAUUCCGUUGAUCCAAAUUGUGAUUUGGCAAUGCUAACAGCACGUGAUUUCUUUCGACCAUCUUGUGUUGUUUCCUCCGAGUCAGUUUUCUUGGGUUCUUGGUGUUCAGCUACCACUUCAAGAAAUUCAGGUACUCUAGUGUUCUUUUUGUCUAUAAAAUCUUUGAAUGCUUUUGCUCCAUGCAUGGUGGAAAGUACAAAAGUAUUGCUCUAAGUUGUAACAUUGUAACUAUGUUUUUGACUGUGUGGUGUAGUUGUGCUGGUGCAACCUCUUUCCCAGUGUAUCUCUCUCACAUACUCCUAAGGUAAUGAAGUAGAGAAGGAAAUUUUUAUUAAGGGGGUGAGCAAUGGUCAAAAGGAAGGAGACUGGGUGAAACAGUAUAGAGAGUUGAUGUUUACAGUUGGUGCCACAGUCUUACUAACUUCUGCUUUUCCUCUUGGACUCAGACAGUGUUUUAUCCUGCUAUGCUUCAAGGCUCCCUUGGUAUUCGUGCUCAUGUCUGGACGAAAGACCACCAAAAGGUAAGACAAGUUUUCAAUAGAGUGCAAUUAUUAUUACCGUGAAAUAGCUAGCUAACUAAAUACCACUUAAUAGCGCUAAGUUCUUUCUUUUCUAUUCUUGGAUUAGCACUAUUUAGCACUAAUUAGUUAGUCUAUUUCACGGGUGUAUUAUUUGCACUCUAUGAUGUCAGUGAUCAGUAGAGUGGUUUUAAAAAACCCGUAAAAUAAUUAUCAUUAUUUUAAUACUGUGUAUUAAAGCGUAGUAAUGUGUAUGUCACUAUUAAAUUGCAUUGUUUAAUAUCCAAGUUGAAGUGUAAUAAAGUGUAUUACUGCAAAGUAUGUUAGAAAUUAUUUCGCGGGUUUAUGAAGACCACUCUAUCGUGAGCUUCAUAGAUGUGAUUAUCACUUUCCAAUCAUAACGCAGAUAAUUAUUUCUGAAAUAUUGUACUUUAUAGGUAAUAGAGAAGAUAAUCGAAAUAUUGCCAAGAGAACCAAGAGUCAAACGAGCGUUGCUUGAUUUUGAAAAGUUGGUUCUGAAAGCCAUUCCCAAAGUACUGCCAACAGUGAAACUAUUCGGUUGUGGAUUUCAUUGGAGCCAGGCCGAAUGGAGAAGGUAUGAAAGUGAGGUCUGAAAAAGGAAACAAUAACAAGAAAUCUGUUCUUACUUGUGUUUUAUUACCUCAUCAGAUCCAAUAUUUGGGACUUCAGGCUGCCUACCAUGAGCACAGACCGACCCAGAUGUUCGCGAGGAAAGUCAUGUUCCUACCAUCUGUGCCCUCAGACGACGUUGAGGACAUGUUUAACCGGCUCGUACAACAGGCUGAUCAGAACGCCGCUCUACAAAACCUUUUUGAAUACGUGAGAAAAACAUGGGAAUAUCCGCACCAACAGCUACAUUGAGGAUUGGCACAAUAGGAUGAACCAAAGAGCCUCUUACCGCCAUCAGCUGCAAUUUUAUCUGCUAGUGAAAUUUCAGCACAGUGAAGCAAUGCUAGCAAAGCUUCAAGUGGAACUUGUUAGUCAAGCUAAACUCCCAAGAAUUCAACGAAAACGCUAUCGUGACAUGCAGUCAAAGAUAAUUAAGCUUUGAGAUCGUUUUGAUAAUGACGAAAUCGAUUCGUAUAGAUAACUAAAG